AUGGCUUCUUCUCAGGUAGAGUUCGCUUCCUCUUCACCUUUUGGCUGUGCCCUCAGGAGGGAUCACAGCAGCCGGAAUCGAUUCACCCCUGCCCCCUUCAAGAAGAAUUUCAAUGACCUGGUUAGUUCCUGUAUUUCUGAUGAGAAUUCGCACCCUCGUCAUCAUAUUGAUUAUACCGAUUUAUGGGUUCAUCAACCCCAAUGGCAAACCGCCCCCUCCAGCGUCACUGCUUCUCCUUAUAAUAAUGUUAUUAUCAGAAACAGUAAUGAUGAUAAUAAUAAGAACAAUGAAAAUGAUAGUGGGAAGAUUAAGGCCAGUGACGAAGAUAAAUGGGCAAGAGCUCGAGAAAUGGUAUUUGCUGGUGAUAGAAAGAGCCAGGGUCGUCUAUCUUCAGGUUCUUGUUCGGUAUUUAAACGGGAGAAUUCUCCAACGCAAUCUGAAACUUCUAUUGAGAUUCCUAAUUUGCGUGGUGUCUCUUCCCUGGUUCAGAAAUGGAGAGAUUUUGAGGCGGAGGCCAAGUGCUCGCAGAGUAAUUCACCCCUUUGUAGCACCAGGAGCAAUUCGAGCACCACGUUUGCAGAGAAUGCUUCAUGCAUCGAUGUCCCUUCGCGACAUUCCGAUGUUUGUGAACCUGUCACUAAUGAGGAAACAUUUGGGGAUUGGGAAUCAGAUAGAAUGGCAUUGAGUGGUCCGCCUUCUUCAGUGGGAAGAGAUUCUGAGGGCACGGAGAGGGAGAGGCUCAGGGUCGUGGAUAUCAUUAGAAAGCUGACGUCUAGUACUAAAGAUAAUAAUGACAGGGAGCAUAAUGUUGGCUAUGAAUCGUCACCUCUUGUUAGAACGUCAUUGGAUCAAUCAGAACAGAGUUGUUUUUCCUCUGUUUUUUGUUCGCCGCGCAUCAGGGGGCGUGGCGCAUUUAACAAUUUGCUUGUGCAAAUGGAGAGCGAGAGACACAAGGAGCUUGAACGACUUGAAGCACGUAAAGCUGUUUCCAAGUUCUCACAGCGAGGCCGCAUUCAGGCUCUGCUCCGGGUUAGAUUUCUUCGCCGUGGACUUGAAGCCAGAGAGGGUCGACAUGUAAACAGCACAUCAUUUGAAUUAAAAAAAUUUACACAAUCUGCCAUUGCACAUAUCAGGGAACGAUUCAAAUCAGGUGUUCAAAAUGGUGCAAUUGACUCAAAGAACUCUCACAGAGAGGUCGUAGAUAAUGCUGCAUCAGCAGAAAAUAUGUUGAAUCAACCAGCUAAACAAAAUCUGCAACAAGAAACAAUAGCAGAUCACGUCCUAGAUGCGGAAACCUCUUCAACAUAUCAAGAAACAAAUGGCUCCAUAAUUUCACAUAAAGUAACAGCAGAUUACAUCCUAGAUGAAGAAACCUCUUCAACAUCUAAAGAGCAUGAAGUUGAACUCAUUUCCCAUGGAGUUAACGAAAAUAUUCAACAAAGCAGUCUCCAAGCACAUGUCUUCGAACAUCUCCAUCAAGAAGCAAGUCCGUUAUCAGAUUUUAUGUGGCAAGGGACAGACUGUGAAACCAACAAUCAUGGCUUGGCUGAAUCUACUGAGACAGCAGAAUCCCUUAUUGAUGUUAACAAAAAUAAGCAUGCAGAGGAACAAGAAGUGACUUCUAAACGACAACUUUUCAGAACCAAUCGUGACUUGAUUGAUGAUUGUGCUCAUCCAUACAGUCACUGUGAAAACAAGCUUAUAAUGGGAAUUGAUUCCCACUGGGUAAGAGUUUCUCAUCCAGAGGAUGGAUGGGAAGAACUACAUUCUGAUUAUCAGCAACAAGCAGAAAUUAAUUCCAACUGGGUAAGUGAUAUAUCACGCCCACGUAGUGAUUGGGAAGAUCUCAGGCAAGCAAGAUACUGUGAGAUGCUCGAUCCUUUCUUGGGGAAUAAAGACAUACAUGUGCUUCUUGAAAGAAGAAGUGUUUCAACUUUUCUUUCAAGUGGUCUGAGAGAGCGCAUUGAACAAUUGAUGAUGUCUCGCACUCAGCAGCAACUACCGAAUGUGAUGAACAAUCUGAUGGAAGAAAUAGGAGAAGAACAAGUGAUUGAGGAUGAAGAUAAAGAUGAAGGUGAAGACGAGGAUGCGGUUUCAUUAGAAGAGGAAGAGGAUGAGCAAGACGAAGAAAGAUCUUAUAGUGACUAUUACAAUGAAUAUGAAGGUGAGAGCGAAAUUGGGCAACAAUACAAUGAUUGCAUAGAUCAAUCUCCCUCUUCAGCACCACCAUCAUGGCUCCAUAAUGAAGGUCAUGAAGUUAGUGAUGAUUCUUGUCAGGCUGCAUCUCCAUCUGUGCAACCAUCUCUAUCAUCAAAUACGUACUCCCAGGAUAAUCGGCCUCUCUCUUCCUUUACUAACCAUCAUACAAUCGGAAUGGAUCUCAUAUAUGACUUGAGAGGACAAAUGGGGCAACUCCACCGAGAGAUGUCUGAACUACGAAGAUCAAUAAAGAGCUGCAUCAAUAUGCAGGUUAAAUUACAACAUUCCAUCAAGCAGGAGGCUGCUGCAGCUACAAGUCCCUCAGAUCAAAAGGAAAGAAAUGAUUCAAGGAAUAAAGGCCUAAGCAAAGGAAGAUGUGGAAUUUGCUGCGAAAUGCAAGUUGAUUCUGUUUUGUACAGAUGUGGGCAUAUGUGCACCUGUUUCAAGUGUGCUCUUGAGUUGCAGGGGCGUAGCGGAAAAUGUCCAAUGUGUGGAGCUCAAAUACUGGACGUCGUGCGCUUACGUGCUCAUUCUUGA